CGGGGACUGGUGCCCUAUACGGCUGCUUCUCUCUCUGCCCAGCAUUCCUCUGCCUGUCUUGUGGCCAGACCCCCCCAGAGCCAGCAGCGGUCCGCGGCAGGGCACGGAGCCCUCCACCCUCGGCCGGGACGGGCUGGCAGAAGCCAGGUGGCGGGCGGAGCUGGGACCCAAGGGGCGUUGCCAAGAGGCCAGCCCCGCCCUGCCCCGCCCCGCCUGCGGCUCCCUGGGGCUCCAUGCUCCUGAAGAGCUGGAAAGACAGACGGACAGUGGUGGCCACGCUUUCCUCGCAGCCGCUGCAGCGGCCGCUGGCCGCGCAUUGAGGCCUGAUCCCUGCAGCGCAGGCGGCACUGCGGAGCCAAGGGAACAGAGGCGCCGGACUCCUGCAGACUGUUUUGGCUUUCUUAAGCCCUGAUUGACAUGCCCAGGUGGACCUGAAAGCAUUUCCUAUUAUUUACCUAAGCCAAUUCUAUCACCCUCAUCAGCAGUUAGGAGCACACUAGAAGGCCCUGUUUUGCAGCCCUUCAUUUGCCGUGGGUUGGAGGUGAGAGUGAUUUCCCAGCGGCUCCUUUGUGCCACCAGAGAACAAGACUCUUCUCUUCUUUUUGGCCACUAAAUGCCUCUGUGCACCACAUAUUCCAGUGGGGGAAGAAGGGCGGAGCUUCAUGGAUGACGAUGGACAUUCCACUAGCCAGGAUGAGGGCAGACUGCGAGAUAUCAACACCACAAGGGUGCAGCGUGAACCUCCUCGUCUUCCUUCCCAGCCAGCUCUCUGCCUCCUGUGUCCACCAUGGUGUUUGGUGAGUUUUUCCAUCGCCCUGGACAAGACGAGGAACUUGUCAACUUGAACGUGGGGGGCUUUAAGCAGUCUGUCGGCCAAAGCACCCUCCUGCGGUUUCCGCACACCAGACUCGGAAAGCUGCUCACCUGCCACUCGGAGGAGGCCAUUCUGGAGCUGUGUGAUGACUACAGUGUGGCCGACAAAGAGUACUAUUUCGAUCGGAACCCCUCCCUGUUCAGAUACGUUUUGAAUUUCUACUACACGGGGAAGCUGCAUGUCAUGGAGGAGCUGUGCGUGUUCUCGUUCUGCCAGGAGAUUGAGUACUGGGGGAUCAACGAGCUCUUCCUCGACUCCUGCUGCAGCAGUCGCUACCAGGAACGCAAGGAUGAGAACCACGAGAAGGACUGGGACCAGAAAAGCAACGAUGUGAGUACCGACUCCUCCUUCGAAGAGUCCUCUCUGUUCGAGAAGGAGCUGGAGAAGUUUGACAAGCUGCGCUUCGGUCAGCUCCGGAAGAAGAUCUGGAUUCGAAUGGAAAACCCGGCCUACUGCCUGUCCGCCAAGCUCAUCGCCAUCUCUUCCUUGAGCGUGGUGCUGGCCUCCAUUGUGGCCAUGUGUGUGCACAGCAUGUCGGAGUUCCAGAACAAGGACGGGGAGGUGGAUGACCCAGUGCUGGAGGGGGUGGAGAUCGUCUGCAUCGCCUGGUUCACUGGUGAGCUUGCCAUCCGGCUGGUGGCCGCUCCCUGUCAAAAGAAAUUCUGGAAAAACCCUCUGAACAUAAUCGACUUCGUCUCCAUUAUUCCCUUCUAUGCCACAUUGGCUGUAGACACCAAGGAGGAUGAGAGUGAGGACAUUGAGAACAUGGGCAAGGUGGUCCAGAUCCUCCGGCUGAUGAGGAUUUUCCGGAUUCUCAAGCUGGCCCGGCACUCAGUUGGACUUCGGUCCCUAGGUGCCACACUGAGGCACAGCUACCAUGAGGUGGGGCUGCUGCUUCUCUUCCUGUCAGUGGGCAUUUCCAUCUUCUCUGUGCUCAUCUACUCAGUGGAGAAAGAUGACCACACGUCCAGCCUCACCAGCAUCCCCAUCUGCUGGUGGUGGGCCACCAUCAGCAUGACGACUGUGGGCUAUGGAGACACCCACCCAGUCACCUUGGCCGGGAAGCUUAUCGCCAGCACAUGCAUCAUCUGUGGCAUCUUGGUGGUGGCCCUUCCCAUCACCAUUAUCUUCAACAAGUUCUCCAAGUACUACCAGAAGCAGAAGGACAUCGAUGUGGACCAGUGCAGCGAGGAGCCCCCAGAGAAGUGUCAUGAGCUACCUUACUUUAACAUUAGGGAUAUCUAUGCACAGCGGAUGCACGCCUUCAUUACCAGCCUAUCUUCUGUGGGAAUUGUGAUGGGCGAUCCGGACUCCACGGACGCUUCCAGCAUCGAAGACAACGAGGACGUUUAUGACACGGCCUCCUUGGAGAAUUGCACAGCCAAGUGAGCCGGGGCGUUCGUGCCCACAUCUUGUGUCCCUCCCCGAUGAUAGGUUGACACAGCUUUAUAAACCUCCAGGGGUUCGUUAAAAUCAUUUAAUUCUCAGGGUGUACCUUUCAGCCAUAGUUGGACAUUCAUUGCUCUGAAAUGAUAGAAUCCUCUUUAUUUUUCUCAGUGAAGUGAACUAAAUGCCUUGUUCUGAAAUUUAUUUUUACAAGAAGGAGUUGUGAUAAUGAUUUUGGAAAAAAAAAAAAAGAGAAAUGGUAUUGGGUGGGACGAGCCGCUGCGGUUUCUGUAUCAUUCCGUGUUUGUCAUUUACUCACACCGACCUGUCAGUUGCUGACAAGUAGAAUCAAAGGCCCAGCUGACCGAAGGCUACAUGCAUGUAAGAUCCACAACAUGAGACAGUGCAUGUAAAUCCAUGUUCAUGUUCUAGACAUGGAAAAUAGGAGCCUAAUAAACUGCCUAAUUCAGUACGGAGAAUGUCUUGGUGGUAUGAUUUUUUGUUGAGUGAGUACAUUUCAGUCUGUUCAAAACUGGCUUGGGAGGAAAAUGCCCUUUUUGGAGCAUCCAGAGUCCCUUCUGUAUGUUUUUGAGUUUUGGAUACACAAUGGGCUAGUUUUUUGGUUCAAGGGGCUUGGUGGUUGUUAGAAGAUAGUGUCCAUCAUAAAACACACUGUCAGGUGUAAACUAAUGAAACACAUGUAUGUGGAGGACAUAGUCAAAUUGACAUGUAUGAAUGAAACACGGGCCCCUACAGAUAUGAUUCCAGUAUGUAUUUUGCAUUUUAUAAUUUCUACUGCUAAGAUAAAAUUUGGUCACCUGAAAAUUAUCCCUGCCGCUCCCAGGCAGAGAUACACAUUGCCUCAAUGGAAGAAAGGAGAAGUGUACAAACACACAAAUGUGAUUCAUUAUGGCCACAGCCAUGGAAUUUAAGUCAUUGAAAAAAGCUGCCCCAGCACCUAUAAAGAUGCGCCCUCAUUUUAAAAGUAGUCUUAGAGAUGGUUAUGUCUGCACCUUGUGUGGAAACUCCUCAUGACAAAAGAAGACAAACGUACUAAUUUCCAGAGCAGUGACAGCAAUUCCAUCCCAUGCGGAGAGAAUUGAGCUAAAGCCUUCAUUUCGGAGAUGUACGGUGACUCUAAUUCAUGCUCUCAGACAGAGUUCUUUCCCUGAGAGCACUUGAAUGGAAGAGCCACGUGGAUUUUUAUCCAACUUUCUGUGUUUGCUGGUGCAUUUCACUGAAAGGCCAUUGUCUGUAGGUUGUCUGAACUCUGACUCAUCACUCCUCUUAAUGUUUCCUUGACUUCUGAGAUGGAUAUAAGGAAACAGGGUUUAUGGUCACUUUUAAAUCUGGAGGCUUAUUACAUGCAUGGAUGUCAUCCUUUUGCCCAUUUAAGAAAAACCUUCCUUUUUCCCCAAGUGCCUUUAAUGUUGGCAGAAAUACAGUUUUGAAGCAUAGCAGAAUGUGGGGUCUGUUGUUGUUAAAGAUUUGCCGGUUAGUAGUGCAGUAACUGAAGACUGCUUGUGUAUUAUAGUAACAGUAAUAGUAAUCGUAACAGUAAUGCUAAUAAAGUAACAGUAAAGUAGUGGUAA